UUUACUUCCUUUUCCCAAAAACAUGAUCGUAGCAUCCGGUGGGUAAAACAAGAGGGGGCCGGAUGAACUUUUAUAACGUAGCUGCAUAUGUCACAUUUCAUGUUUUUUAAUGAAGAGAAUGUAGAGAAAUACAAUACAAUGAGUGUAGAAGGUAAACCAUUUCCUAGAGUAUUAUUGUUAAAGAUGAUAAUAGGAACAUAACAGCAAAGCAAACAAAACAAACAAAACAUGAUAAUAGAGAAAGAUAUUACGGAAACAACAAUGAACUGCCAAUCUUAACGAUAAAAGUAUGAACGGUCAAAGCGAGCUAGAGAGAAAGAGAGAGUGGGCGUUGCGGGGGGGUUGAUCAAAUGGAACAACAAUUUCAAGCAACGCGGCAAGCGAAACAAAGCAAAGCAAAGCAACUUAAUGUGUAACACUCCUUAAAAAACGAAAAAACAUUUAAAAAGGUCCCACUACACCCCUCUCCACUCAAUCCCCUAACCCCUAACCUUCCCUGACCCUCUCCCCCCCCCCCCCCUUCCACCACUCAAUCCCUUGUGUCACCCUCUUUCCACGUAAAUAACGUAUGAUACAAGCUAAAAGGUAUUGGCAUAAAUUUUGAAUUGUUUUACAAGUCUCGUUACAGGUAAUAGUAAAAUACAGUAGCUAACUCUUGUUAAUAGAACAAUAUAUAUGAUACGAAGAACAAACAAAAAAAAACAAAAUGGUCAAAGCGCAAGCAAAUGAUGUGAUUUAUUUUUGUAUUUGCCCAAAAUAAAGUAAGCAAGAGAAAAACCAGCCCCAUCAAAGAUGCCAAUGAUAUGAGUAUUGGAAAAUGGGGGUGAAGUAUUGACUGCAAAAUCCAAUCCACUAUUACCACAACAACAACAACAACAAAAACCAACAAUACUACUGGUAUCGAUUGUCCUAUGAAUACUUGAUGUUAUAGAAAAGAUGCGACGUACGAAGACAAAGGGAACAACAUAUUCAUAUGAAAUGGAAAGUAAAUCAACAAGCAAGCAAGCUUUAAACUGGCACACCGUACUGCCACCGGUGGCCAUAUGCCGGUGGUGGACUCAAGUUCUGGGACUGGUCGCGAAAUCGCAUCAUGUCUCCACUGAAUUCCAUUUGCGUGCUUAUGGCAAUGAACAUUUGAUUGAAUUUUUUAGUUGUUUUGAAAAGAAAAAACGCAGAAUACAAGCAUCAUGGAAUGUUUAAUCAUUUCAAAAUGCCAGCACCUUCCAAUGUCCAUGCAGCCAACGGUUGCGAGAUAGAGAUUUUAGAUUCGAUUGCUUACCACAAACCAUGGGCUAACCUUAUUUGAUUCGAAACAUGGAAAAUGCAAAUGAUGGUAACUAAAACAGUUUUUAAAACUUGUACUUGGCGCUUGUUGUUGUUUUUUUAGUGUAGAGCAUGAUUUCGAGCAUGACGAACCAGCGCAAUAACAGGUGGCCCCAGCUAAGAACGAUUUGGCUCCAAAAAACUGCUCUGCAGAACGGUGCAACUUGAGAUCAUUUGGCUUCCCCCGCUCCCAAUCAUCACCGGUCCCGUUCCCGCACAUUCCAACCCAACCACAUGAAUAAGCUAAACCUUCAACGGGCCGGCGAACCGCGUAGCGCAAGUUACUCGCUCGCCCCAUUUUUAUAUUAAUUUACACAUCCCCAUAGCUGCAUGUUCUAGCGAAGCCUACGUAACACUGAUCGAAUGAUUGAUGCCAUUGUUAAGAAUAUAAAUCGGUAUAAAGCAUACAAAACAUGUUGGAUGGUUAACAUAUUGAAGUCAGUAAACAUAUAAACUAGGAAACGAAGCCAAAAUGAAAACAAAACAAACAAAACGAACGAACGAACGAACAAAAUAAUGAGAAAAACGGAAACUCAGCAUUAACGCAUGGAUGAAUAAUACAAACGCAUCAUAACA